CCACCAUUGAAAAAAGCUACACACACACAACAGAAGAUGCAAUAAAAAAUGUUCAGCAAUUGGCUGCCUUCAGAGGGACUUGUUCAGGAGCUAGGGUGUUUAUGGGAGCCGAUAUGGACGGCUUCCGUGACGAAGUAACUCUGUGACCUGCCGGCGUGUGCUCUUCUUCUCCCUCAUGUUGCCGAGUAGUGUACCUCAGCCGUAGCACCUUUUCCUUUGCCUUGACCGCACGAGUCUUCAUGCAUUCUUGGAUCAAGAACACAAACUUGGCCAGGAGGAACAGAAACGGAGUUGUGGCUAUGACAAAGCCGUAGACGUGCUUGGCCGAGAUGCCCUCGGUGAACGUGAUACCAAAUAGAAUGCCGGAGACUGUGGGGAAAAUCAUGAUCUUGACAAACAUCAGGAUCUCUGCAGGGUAGCGGUCCACUUCCUCCGAGAGGCAUUCUCUCUUCUGGUAUAGGGCUAUGCUCCAGAACAGGAGCUGGCUGAGGCCCACUAGAAACACCAGCACAACCGACGCCCUCAUAGCUACUAGUUGGUUAUCCACAGAGUACAUUGUCUUCAAACUCUCUUCGUUGCUGAUGAAAAUGACGUAGAUGGAGGACACGAAUGGGAUCCCGCCGACAAGGCAGAGGGUGAUCGUGUUGAUAAAGGAGAGGGUUGGGGUGAUCUUUUUGAGGAAGUGGAACAUUCCGUACUGGACAAACCACAGGAGACCCACGAUGCAGAAGCUGGCCACAUAGGAGAGGUAGAUGAAACGGGUGGAGCCCAGAGCAUACCUGAGGUUCCCACCGUGGUUGUUUCUGACCGCCUCGCUAGUCGGGAUGGUGGCGGUGAAGUCUAAGACUAUGAGAGUGGCCACGAUAGAGAACACACCAUCGCUGAAGGCUUCUGUCCUGCUCUUGCUGGCCACAGUCCUGAAGAUGGACGUGGCAAAGUCGGGCAGGGAGUAGCACUUGCGGCGGUGGUAAAGGUGUAUAACAGUUCUCACUACGAGUGAUCCGAGCCCCAUGCAGUAAAAGAACACUAGAGAGAUAAUCUGCGUUGAUUCUGUGUGAAAUAGGCUAAAGAAUAGUGCCCCCAGAGCAAGGAGGGGAUUCACGGAGAGCGUGGUGAGGAGUCCUAUCUUCAGAGAGCGCAUGUCAGUGUUGUCAGCUACCUCGGGAUGCAGAAGAGCCUGCUUUCUAAAGGCAUAGAGAAGCAUGACCACCAUAAUCAAUCCAGUCAGAAUGAUGAUUGCCGAGCAGGUGGAAACUGCUAGUUCAAAACCCUCCGGUCUGCUGGCCUGGAAAUGGCUGAUGAGCCCGGUGCCGUAUGGCAGGAAGCUGAUAAAGAGGAGAGAGAGGAGGUUGAGCCACAUUAUGACGUCGUCCACUUGCUCCACGAUGCUGAAGAUGCGGGAGUGGCUAUACCAGGUGUCAACCACCAGAACGAAAGAGAACAAGUAGAUGAGGUAGCGGGGGUACAAGUUGUACAGGUGGUCGUGAAGGAUGUAGUCCGAAGGGAUGUCUCCCUCUUUGAUGUUGAGCUUCAGAGGGAUGACCAUGAUCGUGGCAACUAUGGCGAACACGGCGUCGCUGAAAGCCUGCAGACGCUCUCCGCGGAAGAUGUGCUGCACAGCAGACAUUUUUGCUUCUCCGCUUGAGUCUCUGCAAGAGAGCAGCACCCAGCUCCCCUAGUUUUCUAAGCACACAUGAUGGGCGUGGCUACGCGCGCAUGCGCACGAAGGAACCGUUUCCAAUUAUUGCGCACCGUCUGUGAGUGCAGCUGUCUUUCUUUCUCCAACUCGUGCAUGCAGCAGGGUGUUAGAGUCUCCGAUGUGUGUCCGUUGUUGCUCUCCCUCUCACCCCACGGCCGCUAUUAUCGUGGUUAUUUAUCAAUAGAUGGACGAGACUUUGCUUUUGCCCUCACACUUCCUUCAUCAGGAGAGUUAAAAGAUGCACGCAUUGAGUGUGACUGGCUGUUGGCCCAGAUGCUCAGAGGAAAGGAGGCACUGCUUCAGAAGCUUCUCCAGGAGAGUGAAGACGAGGCUUCUUUUCUCAUGAAACUCAAGCAAAUACUGACCCACACCAGUAGCAGUCCUGGCCUGGCCCCUCCCCCUCCUCCCCGUCACCCAGCCCACUACACUCAGCUACUGGCUGACCUGGACACCAUUGGCUGGAAAAGAGUGACUCGUGUCAGCCAGGACUUCUCCCAACUCACCAUCACCACUCUGGAUGGGAAGCAGAGAGAACAUGUAUUCACAGUCCACAUGGCACAGAAGGAGGAGGAGGCCCCUACAAUUACCUGUGAUCUUCCCAUUCCCUUCAAACCUUCAUGGACUGGAAAGACCACUCUGCCUCAGAUGCUAGAGAGAUUUGAGGAGCAACUGAAGGUGCACCAGGUGUUCUGGGACGUCAUGGACCAGUUGGACCGGGAGACGUGGGUCUUGGAACCACAGCAGCCCAAGCCAGACUCCAUCUGCCGCAGGAUUGUCGUCUGUUCUAAUGUGUCUCUGUACGUCAGUGUUGAUCCAAGUCGACCCCUGAGUCUGCCAGAGUUUAAGUUUUUAGGACCGGAACAUGUGGUUGGCCCAAUCAGACGAAGGAUGCUGGCCAAGGUCCCUCACUGGGAUUCUAGUGGGCAGUUGACUGUAAAAGAGAAUCUCGAGAAUCUGAUGGACUUGAAACUGCCAGGCCCUGAGGAAUCCCAGCAGGAGGGUUUCUGUGGAGAGUGUGGUGUGUGCUAUGCCUAUCAGCUAGAAGGUCUAGUUCCUGAGGUAGUGUGUGACAAUGCCCACUGCAACCAGCCCUUCCACUUUGCCUGCCUCUUGGAGUGGUUGCAGACCCUCCCAACCACUAGACAGAGUUUUGGUGUCCUUUUUGGGGAGUGUCCUUACUGCAAUCAUCAAAUUUCUGUAAAACUUCAAAGAUAACAGUAAGAGAACUGACUUACAACUGACUUAAACCACAUGUACAAUCUGUCAUCAAUUUGGGAAGUAAAACAUUUUAUAUACAGGGAUAUGAAAAAUCUAAUUCCAGUAUUAUACAAAAAAAACGGGAUCUUAGCACACAAAUAUAAAGCUUCUAUAGUUAUGUGUGAUACAUGAUAUAUACAAUUUUAAAAAAUUCUAGUUCUACUUGCGAGUGUUUUAGGAUUCAGUGUCUGCAUCGGUGGCUGCUUCAUUCUGCACAUCCACCGCGUCCUGCGACUUGCUCUCUUUCUGUUCCUCUUGUGCCGCCGAGUCGUCAUUUGUGGGCUCAGUUGGAGGGUCUUCCUCCUGCGUGGGCUCGGGUUGUUCUUGCGUCGUCGUCGUUUGUUCAGUGGGCGGCUCUUCUUUUGCUUCCGGCUCUUGUGUUUCUGGCUCUUGGGUGGGUGUGGCUUCAACUGGUUCUUCCUUUGGUGGUUCACUCACCGGCUCUUCUUCUUUCGUGGGUUCUUCGGCUGCCACUGGCUCUUCUGCAGGUGUUUCUUCUACUUUGGCCGGUUCCUCGCUUGGUGGCGUUUGUUCUUCUUUGGCCGGUUCCUCGCUUGGCGGCGUUUGUUCUUCUUUGGCCGGUUCCUCGCUUGACGGCGUUUGUUCUUUAGCCGGUUCUUCGCUUGAUGGAGUCUCUUCUACUUUGGUUGGUUCUUCACUCGUAGCCUCUUCAGCUUUUGUUGGUUCCUCGGUUUUUUGUGGCUCUUCUGCCUUUGCUGCCGGUUCUUCAGUCUUUGUCUGUUCGCUGGCUGCUUCAUCUGCCUUUGCUGGCUCCUGUUCUGCCGGCUUCUCCUCUGUUUUUGCAGGCUCACUGCUGGCCUCCUGCGGUGCGUCACCCUCUACAGCUUCUGCAGCUGUCGGCUCCGUUGGAGGAGGUCGAGUAGAAGGGUGCCCGAGGUAGCCCGGCUUCUUUGGAACAAUGCCCAUUUCAAUGAUGCUGUAGCCGGUAUCGAUGAUGCUGUCUUUUGCUGGACGUGGCUCGACCCCCAACUCCCCCUUCAUCUUCUCGUUGCUGUAAUUGAAUUUCUUUCCAACCAUGGUGUACAUUGUCUUUGCCUGUGAGUUGAACAACUUGGCAGCCCACAUAGCGGCCUUUGGCAAGUUCUUGACACCAAUCUUAUAGCCCUGUGGCUUGAACUCAUCUGCAAGGAUUUGUGCCAUUUCCUUGAACGACAUCACCUCUGUGUAGGAGAUGUAUCUAUUGCCUGCUGCCUCUGCUUUUUCCAGGGCUGCGAUGUGUGCUCUUGCGGUAUCGCGAACGUCGGCCAGUGCAAAGUGGAUGUCGGGCAACCUGGACAUUUUUCCAGCCAGUACUCUCGCCAGAAAGCCGACUGAGCCUUCCUGGUGCGUUUGGUUGAGGAGCGGGCCCUCUAGCAGACCGGGACACACAACGGCCAGUUCAAACUGCUUGUCCUUCUCCAGGCCCUUGACGAAUUCCCACGCGGCUCUCUCGGCCCUCACCUUGCUCUUUUCGUACGGGGUCCCCAUUUCCUCGCUGGCGAAGUCCGCCUCCGUGAAAACAUGGUCUGCGGGCUUACCGGGGUCGCCGGCUAAGCCUACUACGGUUACUGUAGAGCUGGUCACGACGACGCGCCUCACAGUGCCGGCUUCUGCACACGCCUUGAGGACACUUGUUGUGCCUUCCACUGCAGGCUUGAUACCGUCGGCAGCUUUGCCCUUCACUAUGAGCGGGGAAGCGACGUGGGCGACGUACCGACACCUGCGCACCGCUUCGGCCCAUGUCUUGGGUUUGAGGAGGUCUGCUUCGAUCAACCGGAGCGGAUACUUGGCUUCGGGCACUAGUUCUCGCAGGAAUUUCACCUUUUUCUCGUUGUCGAGGUUCCUGAUGGUGCCGCGGACACGGAACCGUCCGUCCUGUAGAAGCUGUUGCACGACGUGCGACGCCAGGUAGCCGGACGCUCCCGUAACUAGCACGAUAGGUACGUCGUCCUCAGGCUCCUCGGGGUCCGACUGCUGCGGCUUCUCCUCCUCCUGCGGUUUCUCCUUUACCGGCGGCUCAGCUUCCCCGUCUGCCGCACCGCCGGCGGCUUCCCCGUCGCCAUCUUUAGGGUCUUCCUUGGGCUUGUCGUCGGCCUUGGGCUUUUCCUCGCCGGCCUCCUGCUGCUCCUCGGGGAGGUCAACCUCGAGCGUGGCUGCUACCUCUUCAGACAUAGCCGUAUUUUCUGCCGAAAGAUAAUUGUGACUUAGCGGGCU